CAGAAGCUAUUGGAGGAGGAGGAGAAGCAGAAAAAUCUCUCAUCAAGAUUAAACCAUUUAGAGAAGAUGAUACUGAAGGUCCUAUUGACUGGAUUAAUGAAUUUGAACAAGCUGCUACUGCUAAUAACUGGAGUACUACUAAAAAACUUGCUAUUACUAAAACCUACAUAUAUGAUAAUGCAGAAGAUUAG